CCCUUCCCACACUUCGGACCACAUCGACGGUUCGCAUCGGCGACGCCACCGACCGAGCCGAGCCGAGCCGACCAAAAUAUCGAGUCGAAUCGCGUGACGAGACGACGCGCUCGACGAGACGAACACGCGCGCGCGAGAGGGGAGGAGGGGAGAGGAGAGGGUGGGGCAUGGGAUCGGAGGGGCGCAGCUGGAGCGGGAGCGGGAGCGCGGCGGCCGCCGUUGCAGGCGGCGGCGGGGAGGGGGAGGCGGCGGUGGUGGCGCCGGCGCCCGGGGACGUGCCGGCGUCGGCCGCCUCCGUCGACAUCGAGCUGCCGCUGCCGGAGAUGACGCCCCGCAUCAUAGGUAUCUGCAAGGAGCUGGUGAGAGGGUGGUCGUCUCUCGACAGCUCGCGCUUCUCGAUCGAGAGGGUGUCGGGUGGCAUCACGAAUCUGUUGCUGAAGGUAUCUGCGGAAGACGGCAAGGGCAACAAGUCUUCUGUGACUGUUCGUUUAUAUGGACCAAAUACAGACAUGGUGAUUGAUCGGAAAAGGGAAUUGCAGGCUAUACCACAUCUCUCAGCUGCAGGGUUUGGGGCUCAGCUACUUGGAACAUUUGAAAAUGGAAUGGUUCAGUCAUUCAUCUAUGCACGUACAUUAACUCCUUCAGACAUGAAGGAACCUAGAAUAGCAGCAGAAAUUGCCAAAGAGCUUCGCAGAUUCCAUCAAGUUCACAUACCAGGAUCAAAAGAACCACAGCUGUGGGAUGAUAUAUUCAAGUUUCUUAAAAAAGCUUCAGUAUUGGAGUUUGAGGAUAAGGAGAAGCAGAAGAGAUAUGAAACAAUCUCUUUUAGAGAAAUUCAAGAUGAAGUUAAAGAACUUAAGGAUCUGUCAGACCUCCUGCAUGCUCCUGUAGUUUUUUCACACAAUGACUUGCUUUCAGGCAAUCUGAUGUUGAAUGAUUUGGAAGAAAAGCUCUACUUCAUUGAUUUCGAGUACGGGUCAUAUAGCUACCGUGGUUAUGACAUUGCGAACCAUUUCAAUGAAUAUGCAGGCUAUGACUGCGACUAUAGCUUGUACCCAGACAAAGAUUCCCAAUACCACUUCUUCAGGAACUAUCUUCAACCUGAUAGGCCAAGUGAGGUCCAAGCACAAGAUCUGGAUGCCCUUUAUGUGGAAACAAACACCUACAGAUUAGCAUCGCACAUUUACUGGGCAUUGUGGGCUCUUAUUCAGGCAAAGGUAUCGCCAAUUGAUUUUGAAUAUCUUGGAUACUUUUUCCUACGGUACGACGAAUACAAGAAACAGAGGGAGUCCUGCCUCUCCUUGGCAGAAAGCUCCCUCGCUGCAUUGAAAAAUGUCUAGGGCUUUGGAGCUACCGCCGCAGCUUAUUCAUGUAGUUGUCAACACUCAUAUCAUGGUAAUUAAUCUCGUUGUAAUCAUCUGUCAAACUCUUUCUGUUUACCUUUUUGUUCCUGCAGGAGACAUGCAUCGCCCGGUAGAAAGAUUUAGUAUCUAGUAUGAUCAUAGGAAAGAAAUAACGCUUGUUGGUUGUAAUAAACACCAUCCCUUUCGUAUAUCAUGUAAGCAUUUGUUGCAUGCCUAUUGGGCAUUCACCUGACAUGUCAGCUGAUAGCAAUGUGAUCAUUGCCUUGUAGUA